CCCUAGCGGGGAUUGUAAAGCUUCCUUCACAUGUCUUGCCUGAAGUAUAUUCAGGACACGGACGAAUUCAAAGGCAGUGGGAGACACUGUCUAUCAUGACUAUAAAUCCUUGGUGGGUGUCCUUUGCUCCAAUCCUCAUCAACUCGCGUUCCAAAACCAGUCCCGCCAGGCGUCUGUAGUUGCAACAUGUCGAUCAUUCACUCUCUACUAACGGCGACAAAUUUCCGGAACCCUUUUCUCAGGACCUUGAUUCCUUCCGUUGGGCUUGCCUUCGGCAUUCAGGCUGCAGUGGCAGUUCCGUCUAUUCUGGGCCAGACUGAGCGGUUCUAUGAUCUUUCGGGGUCGUUGACAUAUUUGUCUUGCACUGCCUUGAGUCUAUAUCUUCCAGUACUUCGAGCUCGCUCUGCGGCUGCUCUAAUUGGUGCCCCAAAACCUGGAUGGCCUAGCCUCGCAAGCGCAUUCAAUGGUACAGCCGGACCCUAUGGCUUCAACUGGAGACAGGUGUUCCUGAGCGCUGCUGUUAGUCUUUGGGCAGCAAGACUUGGCUCGUACUUGUUUAUGCGAAUACUUGGAGAUGGCAAGGAUUCACGCUUUGAAGAGAUCCGGAAGUCGCCUCCCAAAUUUGCGGUGGCUUUCUUCGCUCAAGCCGUCUGGGUCUCACUAUGUCUGCUGCCCGUGCUUUCAAUCAACUCUCUCCCUCCCGCCACGUUUGCCGCCCUGGGUGGCUUUGUUUCCAUCACCGAUCUGCUAGGAGUGCUUCUGUAUGUGGGUGGUCUAGGAUUCGAAAUAACUGCCGAUCGACAAAAGAGCAAAUGGUCACAGGAGAAAAAGGAGAAGAAGCAUGAUGAGGACUUUUUGACUCGCGGCCUAUGGAGUAAAAGCCGACAUCCCAACUACUUUGGAGAAAGCACUCUCUGGACUGGCAUUGCAACGGUGGCCGCGGGAGUUUUGGCAUCCAAUGCUGGGGUUGCUGGUAUGGGCCUAGCAGGAGGAUUGGCCGGCAAAGGGCUGGCACUGCUGAGUGCGGGAAUCAGCCCUGCAUUCGUAACUUUCCUGUUGUUCAAAGUCUCGGGCAUUCCUUUAAGUGAGAAGAAAUAUGAUGAGAAGUAUGGGGAUCGAAAGGAUUAUCAGAAAUGGAAGAAAGAGACGCCCAUGUUCUUUCCUAAAUUCUGACGGGGAGUAGGCAGGAAAUGGAUGUACGAUAUGGAUCAACAAUAGAAUACCUAAU